GCGCGCGGUGGGUAGAAGUACAGAGCAGAGCUGCCGGCUGGGGGCUGGAGAGGUAGGUCCGUGCGCUGCAAGCGUUCAGCAGGCGGAGCUUCGCGUGUGGAGACGCGGCUUCGUAAGGCCGGCGGUCUCGAGAACCUGUUAAGAGUCAGUUCUUGCGAAAAAGCAUUGAGCCAGGAGCCAGACCCACCUCUUCACUGACUGAUCUUGUGCAAGUCAUCUUACCUCUCUGGAUCUCAGUUGCCUGAUCUGUAAAAAGGAGAUAAAAAUUCUUUACCUGUUUGAAGAUGAUGUGGAGGACCAUCCUACUACAAUACUGUUUUCUCUUGGUUACAUGUAUACUUACUGCUCUUGAAGCUGUGCCUAUAGACAUAGACAAGACAAAAGUAGAAAAUGCUCAACCUGUGGACAGUGCAAAGAUAGAACCACCAGAUACUGGACUUUAUUAUGAUGAAUACCUCAAGCAAGUGAUUGAUGUGCUGGAAACAGAUAAUCAUUUCAGAGAAAAGCUCCAGAAAGCAGACAUAGAGGAAAUAAAGAGUGGGAGGCUAAGCAAAGAACUGGAUUUAGUAAGUCACCAUGUGAGGACAAAACUUGAUGAACUGAAAAGGCAAGAAGUGGCAAGGUUAAGAAUGCUGAUUAAAGCUAAAUUGGAUUCCCUUCAAGAUACAGGCAUAGACCACCAUGCUCUUCUAAAACAAUUUGAUCAUCUAAAUCACCUGAAUCCUGAGAAGUUUGAAUCUACAGAUUUAGAUAUGCUAAUCAAAGCGGCUACAAGUGAUCUGGAACACUAUGAUAAAGCUCGACAUGAAGAAUUUAAAAAAUAUGAAAUGAUGAAAGAACAUGAAAGGAGAGAAUAUUUAAAAACACUGAAUGAAGAAAAGAGAAAAGAAGAAGAAUCUAAAUUUGAGGAAAUGAAGAGAAAGCAUGAAAGUCAUCCCAAAGUUAAUCAUCCAGGAAGCAAAGAUCAACUAAAAGAAGUGUGGGAAGAGACUGAUGGAUUGGAUCCUAAUGACUUUGACCCCAAGACAUUUUUCAAAUUACAUGAUGUCAAUAGUGAUGGCUUCCUAGAUGAACAAGAAUUAGAAGCCCUAUUUACUAAAGAGUUGGAGAAAGUAUAUGACCCCAAAAAUGAAGAGGAUGAUAUGGUAGAAAUGGAGGAAGAAAGGCUUAGAAUGAGGGAACAUGUAAUGAAUGAGGUUGAUACUAACAAAGACCGAUUGGUGACUCUAGAAGAGUUUUUGAAAGCUACAGAAAAAAAGGAAUUCUUGGAGCCAGACAGCUGGGAGACAUUGGAUCAACAACAGUUCUUCACAGAGGAAGAACUGAAGGAAUAUGAAAAUCUUAUCUCCAUACAAGAAACUGAACUUAAGAAAAAGGCAGAUGAGCUUCAGAAACAAAAAGAAGAGCUACAACGUCAGCAUGACCAACUUGAGGCUCAGAAGCUGGAAUACCAUCAGGUUUUACAGCAGAUGGAACAAAAAAAAUUACAACAAGAAAUUUCCCCAUCAGUGCCUGGUGGAGAAUCAAAGAUCCAGCCACGCAUUUAAAGUCCAAAGUCCGCCAGAACUUAGAAUAAAAUUGUUACAUCAUCAUGUGUGUCAUCUUUUUACCUCCCUUCCUUUUCCUCUGCUCAGUAAAUAUUUUAAAGCAUAUAUGGAAUAAAGGAAGAUACUUUUUAAAUGAGAACGUAUUUUUUUUUUUUUGGACACAGAUGUUUAAGGAUUGAAGUCUACCAGAACCAGGAAGGAAACAAACUCAAUACCUGCUCUCAUUUUCAUACCUCUUUUCUUUUUCCUUUGUUCUCCUUUAGUGAUUUAAUUAAGUGGCUUUAUGCCAUAAUUUAAUGAAACUAUUAGUACCUAUUUAAGUGAGAAAGCGCCACCCACUGCUUUUAAAAUAAAUUGUUUUCUCUUAUUCAUAAAGGUAAAUACUCUUUUAUGGGUGCUUAUCAUCCCCUCUCUCAAUAAAAGCUCUUUGAUAUUAAUAAUUCUUCUCCUGAGAAGACCAUAGUAUUCCCCAGUGUGUGUUGGUAACUUUUUCCUACUUUCAGCAAUCUUAACUGCUAGAAAUUCUUCAACCAAACAGCUCUUGCUACCACUUAAGUUCAUUUUUCAUUUACAAUUUUGCUUUAUACUCUAUCAUUCAAGAUCAGGUUUUGCUACAUAUAACAGAAAACCCAAAGAUAAUGGUGGUUUAAACUGAAUAAGAACUUCUGCCUUUUACAUAGAAGAAAUCUGGAAGUAGGUGAUGUACAGGUUCCUAUCUUUCUCCUCUGCUCUCCCCAGUGCAUAGUUUUUAUUCUCGAGUUAUUUCAUUCUCAGGGUCCAAGAUGGCUCUUGGACGCAGUGGGGAAGGGCAACAAAAGGAAUGUCCCCCAGUUGAAUCAGCUUCCUUGAUGCAGUUUUCCCAGAGAACCACAUAGCAUUUGAAUUUACAUCUCAUUGGCCAGAGCUGUGUCACAUGGCCAUCUAGCUGCUAGGGAAGCUGAGAAAUCCAUUUGGCAAUGGGACAGGCUAAAAGUUAGGAUUCUUUUAGGAAGGUUUCCCUUUAAGAAGGGAAGAGGGAAUGUUUGGUAGGCAACUUACAGCUUUAAUUUAAACAGCCUUUUGGUUACCUAAAUAUCUAUGUACAUUCUUCCAAAACAGAAACCGCUCACUUCCCUCACCUCAAAAGGAAACCACCAAAGCCCAAUCUAUUAUUGCAUGUAGUUCAAAGCCCAUGACAUCUGAGUAUAGUCCCCUCCAUCAGGUUAGGAUGUGGUUUUUUUAUGUUCUGGUCAUCUACAAACUAAAAAGCAACAUGUCUGCCCCCUGAGCACCAUAUGCAUAAUGGGAUAGAUACAGGAUAACUGCAAUAAAAUCAACCUUUUAGAAAAGGGGAAAACAGGAAACAGAGCAGUCAUCUUUCCAUAACAAUUAAAAAAAUACUGCUUGGCAAAAAUAGCAAGGUCUCUCUGCUCUGUCCAUAAAUAUAUUCUUCGGUUUUUCUAUUAGGCAACCCCUGCUUCACCUUUCUGGGAGGAACUCCCUUGUCUAAUGUCCUCAGGGGCCCUUGGCAUUGCCCUCUAGGAUGUUUUUAUUGCCCAUUAACCUUCAAGGACGCAAGUGGGCAUUGGGAAGUGUCCUCUUCUGGAAGGCUGGACAGUCUUCGCACUUCACUUCCUGUUAUUGUGGGUUUGGGGCCUUGGGAUUGUUUCAGAUAGUUACAGGCUGUUUCAGGCCAGGUUUAGGGUUUUUGUUUGUUUUUGUUUCGUUUUGCUUUUUGGCAAAACAGUUCCCUCAAAAGUUGUACGUUUCUGGUCUGUUUUCUUCAAUUAUUACCAGGAGAAACCACAGAGAUCUUGUCAAGACAUAUUUAACAAAGAACCUCAUCUUUUGCUUGCUGGCCUCUGUGUUCUUUUCUCCUGUUGGGUCUUAAAUGAAUGGUACCCACUUGGGAUUGUUUUAAACUAUAGGCUUGGAUGGGAUAACAGCAGUCUUAAUCUGAUCUUUUUCCUUAGGAUGGCUCCCAUUAUUUGGCAGAAAAUUCUUAAGGGAAGGUUCUUGGAAAGGUUGUGAAAGCUUUAGCGCUUCCUCAGAACCUUUACUUACAACUGUUUCAGUUUAGAGUACGGUAGUACAGUAAGUGACUUUUUCAAUUCUUCAGGGCUCCAGAUUUGGGACUUUAUCAAUUUAUUUGGUAGAUAGAGAGCAGUUCUCUCGGCAAAGCUAUAUUGCCUUCCAUCUCUGCAGACUUGCUUACCUUAGCCCGAGCCACAUCUCUCCUGUAGCACUUUUCUGAAAGAGGCAAGGCGCAGCCCACACAUGCUAUCAUUCUGAAAUUCUACCACCAUUUUCUCUGAUACCUUAACCUCAGUUGGCAUGAAGUAUCACUGCCCCAAACCCUGCCUUCUUAACUAAGCCAAUUCCAUUUUUUCAGAUCCUUUUACUUGCUGCACCUUACUUCUAGCUACCAAAUUCUGUAUAGGUUAAGAUUCUUCAUUGUAAGUAAUAGAAUCAUCUUCAGCUACUAAACAGAAUGGGAUUGAUGGGGGGGGAGCAGUAUAGAUAGAUAGCUCACAGAAUCUUUGGGAGGGCUGAAAGAACGGAACUUAGGCUGAGCUUCUAGGAACUGCAUCAUGAGACUGGGCUGCCAAAGAAGCUGCUGCUUUUGGAACCAUCAAGAAGCUGCCUGCUAAAUCAGGAAGCCACCUGCCAUAUUAGGAAGUCAUGAAGUUGCCAGCUCCAGAACCACACCACCUCUGCCUUGCUUUGUGUCAGCAAAAAUGGGUAUUUCAUGUCCUGCUUCUCUCCCCAUGUAAUUCAGUUCUGAGUAAAAGUUUCAAGUGAGUACA